CACUGAGCUGAAGAUGAUGGAGGAACAGCAGAAAGCAGCAGAGAAACAGGCUGAAGAUCUCAAUAAAGAGCUGAAGCAGGAAAUCACUGAGCUGGAGCAGCUCUCACACACUGAUGAUCAUCUCCAUGUCAUACAGAUGUUCUCAUCCCUGUACAGUAUUUUACACAACAAGAUCUCUGAUGUGGACGAGAAAUCUCUGAAAAGAGCUCUGAAUCUACUGAAGGAACAACUAAAUGAAAAACUCAUUCAAACUGAGUUGAAGUUUGUGCAGAAGUUUGCAGUGGAUGUGACUCUGGAUCCUGAUACUGCACAUCCACGUCUCAUCCUGUCUGAUGAUGGAAAACAAGUCAGUGAUGGAGACAUUAAGAGGAAUGUCCCAGAAAACCCAAAGAGAUUUGAUCUCUAUGUCAUUAUUCUGGCAAAGCAGGGAUUCAGUUCAGGGAGAUUUUACUAUGAGGUGCAGGUGAAGGGAAAGACUGAGUGGGAUUUAGGAGUGGCCAGAGAAUCCAUUAACAGGAAGGGGAAGAUCACACUUGGUUCUGUGAAUGGAUACUGGACUGUGGUUCUGAGGAAUGAGAAUCAAUAUAAAGCUGCUGAUAGUCCAUCUGUCUCUUUAUCUCUGAGAGUGAAACCUGAGAAGGUGGGAGUGUUUGUGGAUUAUGAGGAGGGUCUGGUCUCUUUUUAUGACGUGGACUCCAGAUCUCAUAUCUACUCUUUCACUGGUCAGACUUUCACUGACAAACUCUAUCCAUAUUUCAGCCCACUCCUUAAUGAAGAAGGUAAAAACUCAAAGCCAUUGAUCAUCACACCUGUCAACUGAAACAAACAAAAAACAUCAAAUCUGAAAAGAUUAAAUAUGAAUGUGAUUAUUUUAGAAUAUAAAUAAAAACCAAAGAAGAAUUUGCACAAUCAAGUAGAUUUUACUUACAAUUAUAAAGAAAAUUUAAAUGUGACACAAGUGCAAAAAAGAAAUGUAUAUUCAGGCCUUUAGAAAAAAAUCAGUCACUGACAAAACAUGAACUAUAAUGAAAUAUUUGUGAGUUAUAUGUACAUGUAAAUGGCCAGUUUGUUACACAUCUAUAUAUUUCUUUUGUCUUUCAUUAAUACUUUGAUUUUCAAAUCUACUAUGAAAUUGUUUCUACAUUGUUUCUGAAGCCAUUUUCUCUCUCCAGCUGUUAACAUUGAAUUACUUGUGAAAUAUUGUGAUUUUUGGUUUAUAUUGUAAUAUCUGAAUAAAGUCAAGAGUUCAAUUCUAUAACUGAUAUUGCUUAUAAACUAAAUUGUUUGCUAAUAAAUAUGUAAA